GUGGACUAUCAUAAGCCGACAACUUGACCAGUUUCUGUACUGCUGUAAAUCAAUCGAUCCUCAUAUCAACUGCGCCCGUGCUGCUGCUGCCGAGCUAUCGACGACCCUUCGUGUUGUUUUCGCGGCAACCUUUUCUGUCUCAUGAUGCAAUUUAUCAAUGCAUACACAAGAAGUACUUAGGAUUUGAACACAGACUGACUAUCCGAGUAGAGCAGCGUUAGAACAAAGAACAUUCUUUCGAAACUAUGGGGCUACCGACGAUGACGCCGGCUGAGCCGGAGAAGAAGCCUCAAGCUGCAGUCACGACGGCAGAAGCAGCGGCAACUAAGAACCCUUAUUUGACAUUGUCGACCUUGAAGCUUUCCGUGCUACCAAACGGGCUCGAUAAGUUGAGAUGCCUCACAAACCUGGACAUAUCAAAUAACCCAAUCACAAGCAUCCCGGAGGACGCGCUGCCGCACAGCCUGGUGGAGCUCAUCAUUACUGGGUGCCAACUGGUGGAGCUGCCCGCCAGCAUAGCGGACCUCCCGCGGCUGAAGAAGCUGUUUGCUGGGGCUAACAAGCUCCGCGCCAUCGACCCGGUGUUCCAGUCCGCCAGCCUGCAGCACGCCGGCCUGGCCUACAACUGCGUGGCCGUGCUGCCGCCCGAGGAGGCGCUGCGGGGCAGCCCGCUGCUCAGCCUGGACCUGGCACACAACGACCUGGAGGGGCUGGCGCCCACUCUGUCGGCUCUGGCCGCGCUGCCCUCUUUGGCAGCCCUGAACCUGGGCGGCAACCCCGUGGCACUGGGGCCCCGCUACGUGUUGGAGGUGCGGCAGCGGCUGAGGCAGCUCAUGUUCCUGGACGGACAGCGCCUGGACCUGCCUGCCGGCAGCCGGCCCGGCACCUCCACCUCCGUCAACAGCAGCUUCCACCACCAGGCCUCGGGACAGCAGUCUAUGCGACAUCAGUCCACGACCUUUGGCGUGGCCGGCGGCGGCGGCGGAGGCGGUCCCGACGGCCUGUCGCGCAUGCCGGGCGGAGCCAGCGCCCAUGGCAGCCUCGUGCGCCCACAGAUGCACGGCGGCGGCGGCUCCGCCGGGCCAGGACCCGGCCGCUCCUUCGCCGGCGGGUCUGGUGGGGCCUUUUCACCCCACACCACCGUGCACUUCGAGGAGAGCGAGGGUGAUCUGGGCGGGGCUGCGGAGGCGAGUGCGCUGGAGCUGGAGCUGCGGGGCCUGGAGGCGAGCGAGGACCCGUUCGGGCCUGUGAAGGCGCGGUGGGCGGAGCAGAUCUCCACUGCUGAGGAGCUGGGCAUGACGGUGCCGCCGGUGCUGGAGCUGCCCGACCCGCCCAUGCAGCCGGUGCUGUACCACAUCGAGCUGGCGGACCUGGAGGGCACGCCGCUCGCCAGCGUACCUCUCAAGCUGCUGCCGCCGCAGCCGCCCGACGUACACACCAUGUUUGACCCUAAAGCCAAGGCGGCGGCGGCAGCGGCGGCGGCUAAGGAGGCCAAGGCCGCAGCAAAACCCAAGAGCCCCAAGGGCAAGCUGGGCAGUGCGCGCGGCAAGAAGAAGGGCGCCGUGGAGGAGGAGGCGCCGGGGGUGCCGGAGCUGCAGCGUGGGGCGCUGCGGGUGACGCUGCCCAUCAAGGCCAUCGUGCAGCACCGCAACUGGCUGCGGUCGGGCAUUCCCAUCACGCUGUACAAGACCACGCUGACAGCGGUGCCGCGACAGCCGGCGGCGGGCGCUGAGGAGGCCGGCAGCUCACCGCCGCGCACGCCCACAAAACAGGCCACGCGCAAGCCCAAGAAGGGCGAGGAGGCGCCCAAGGUGGAAUACGACAUCACCAGCAGCACCGAGGUCGUCGGCACCGCCGUGCUGCGGGCGGGCAUGCAGGUGGUUGAUGGCUACACCACGGAGGGCUUUGAGCGACUGGACUUCAGGCCGCCGCCGGCGCUGUUCAACGCCGCCACGGGGGUGCGGCUGCCGCUCAAGGACGGGCGGCACGCCAGCCACGUGGUUGGGUCCAUGGAGGCACGCCUGCAGCUGCAUGUGGAGCGGCCGCCCUGGGAGCAGGAGCGGUGAGCGGCGCGGCGGCUAGGCGAGUGAGCGGUGCGGCGGCUAGGCGAGUGAGCGAGCGUGCAGGCGGGUGGGGUGGAGGUGGAUAGGAACGGAGUUGGCUGGGCUGGGACGCCUGGGUGAAGGACGGUGGCUGUCGAUGGCGUGAUCGGUGCGAUGGGCCGGGUGGCGACAGGCGGCGCUGGAACCGUGUUAUGUACUGGAUGAGUCAGGCUGUGGGCGGGAACGGCGCCAGUGCGCCAAUUCGUGGGACCAUUGAAUACUCUGAUUGUGUCUGACGAGCUGGGGUGGUGAUACAGGCAGGUCGC